CUACAGUUUGUUUCCGGGUUAGCGACUUCCGGUGUCAGGAGCGGAAACCGGCGGUGGGGAGGAUGGUCCCCGGGGCUGGAGUUGGGUCUGGGGGUCCGAUACCGGGCUGUGCGGAAACCAACGUUAAUUGACAAUGGAUUCCCUUGAUCCUAUGCUGACGGACCCGUUGGAUUUGGGGCCAAGUGUAGAGAAUAAUGGAACAGGAAUCAUGGAAGAAUGUCUUCUGAGGGGAACGAGAGUCAGUCUACCUGAAGACCUUCUGGAAGAUCCUGAGCUGUUCUUUGAUGUGGUCAGUUUGGACACUUGGCAGAAUGUCCUAUCUGACUCUCAGAGGGAACAUCUCAAACAGUUCCUUCCAUCCUGUCCGGAGGGCAAUGACGAGCACCAGGAGGAGACAAUCAAGUCACUCUUCAGAGGAGACAACUUUCGGUUUGGUAACCCCCUUCAAAUUGCACAGAAGCUAUUCCGGGAUGGGCAUUUUAACCCAGAAGUGGUGAAGUAUCGACAGCUUUGCAUUAAAUCCCAGUACAAGCGCUACGUCACCUCUCAGCAGCAAUACUUUCAUACCUUGCUAAAACAGAUCCUGGCUUCACGAAAGGUGCUGCUAGAUCUGGCAAGAAAAAAUGGCCCUGACCUGAUGAUGAAAAGAAAGCCUCCAUCAGCAAGAACCAUGCCCGAAGAGAAGGAGAGAAGAGCCCAACGCAGAUACCUGAAGAUUCUCCGCGAGGUGCAGGCCGAAUGUGGGGACAGCACGUUGUCCUCCGAGGAGGAAGAUUUAACUUCCUGGCUGCCAGGGUCUCCCAGCCAAUCACCAAGUGCUGCUGUACCUGUCCGUGUUGUUCCCACACUCUCCACCCAGGACAUGAAAUCUGCAGACAAACAGGAGUUCAACAACGAUGAUUUAAAGCUGAUGCUGAGAAGACAUUGUGAAAAGCGUAAACGUCAGCCGGAUCACCCUGAUCUUAUGACAGAUGACUUGACAUUGAAUGAUAUCAUGUCUCGCGUGAAUGUCGGAAGGAAGGGAUCCCUGGCAGCACUUUUUGACCUGGCUACAAUGAAGAAACGUGUGAAGGAAAAAGAUGAGAAGAAGAAAAAAAAACUGAAGACCAUAAAAACCGAGGUGGAAGAUUAUCCUGAGAUACCUGAUGUGCCCGAUGUGAUGCCUCCCCUCCUACCCCUGGAGACUCCCCCUGUUAGCUUGGCAGCUGUGAAGGAAGAACCAAUGGAAGACGUAAAGCCCCCUCUCGCCUUUAAUGAGAUCUCUGCGUGCUUUUUUAGUCUCCUGCUGGACAUUCUGAUGGUGGAAGGUCUGUCUAGCCUGCCACUGCUCGAAGACAAGGUGUCUGAUUGGCAGAUGUCACCUGCGAGCACCUUAAACAGCUGGUUCUCUGCCGACUCCAACUGGAUCGACCUGGUCCACCCGGCUCUUCUUUAUCUAUCUGGGGAAAGCAAAGGUACCUCUUCCAGUUUCACUCCGUUUGUGGAGUUCAAGGAGAAGACUCAGCAGUGGAAAGCAGUCGCUUCCUCUAGUGAUUAUGAGAAGGAGCUUGUGACUCUGUUUCAUGUGUGGCUGGAGACAAAGGACCAGAUAUUUAGCAAGGACAAUGAAAGCUUGGUGGAUCCCAGCACUCCAGUUCCUAGAGUAAGGACUGAUUAUAUGGUGCGGCCGAGCUCUGGGGAUGAAAAGCGCAUAUUUCAGGAGCAGGAGCGUCACCGCUACAGCCAGCCUCACAAGGCCUUCACUUUCCGUAUGCAUGGCUUUGAGUCCAUUGUGGGCCCUGUCAAAGGUGUUUUUGAUAAGGAAACCUCCCUGAACAAAGCUCGAGAGCACUCACUCCUGCGUUCUGACCGUCCUGCUUACGUCACAAUUUUGUCUCUUGUCCGUGAUGCUGCAGCCCGGCUACCGAAUGGAGAGGGAACGCGCGCUGAAAUCUGUGAAUUACUAAAAGAUUCCCAGUUCCUGGCACCUGACGUUACGAGUGCCCAGGUUAAUACUGUGGUAAGUGGAGCUCUGGACAGACUGCACUAUGAAAAAGAUCCCUGCGUGAAGUAUGAUAUCGGACGCAAGCUGUGGAUCUAUCUCCAUCGCGAUCGCAGUGAGGAAGAGUUUGAGCGGAUUCACCAGGUGCAGGCAGCAGCCGCCAAGGCGAAAAAAGCUCUUCAGCAAAAACCCAAGCCACCAACAAAGAUGAAAUGUGGCACCAAGGAAUUUCCCAUAAAGAGCUGUGGGACACCAGAACCCGGGCAGCUGAAUGAGUCUAGCAUGCCCCUUACACCGGGGACCCCCAGUACCCCAACCACUCCUGCACUUCCUUUGACACCUUUGUCCCCAUCAACCUCAUCCUCUGUCAGCAAGAUGGUAACUAACACUGGACCCGAAACAGCUAAAUCUAGCCCAAGUGUCCUCCUGAUGUCUUCUCCCACUAUGCCACAACUGAGCACUUUGCUGACUCAGUCUGCAACAAGCCAGGCUACGACUGUGACACAGACAUCCGGGCGCACUUCUGCUGUCCCCUCUUCUUCUGGAAUUUCCCAAGUACGAAUAGUCACACCAUCUACAGUAGUUCCAGCGACUCCACCACCAACAAUAGUGACCCAGGCCCUUUCUCCAACAGUGUCCCACAUCAGAAUGCCAGUUACUUCUACACCAACCAAGGUUAUACCACAGGUGGUGACAAUGCCGGUGAAGGCCCACAACGCUGUUGGUGUAGCUCGUCCAGGGACCUCCCUAACCACUCAGGGAGGAAUAGCAGUGACUGCCCUGAGUUCCUCAGCUAUAUCCAGAACAGUGGUCACUGCUCCAUCAAAUACGGGUCCCACCAUCCUUCAGAGCAUCACCGGACAAAGUAUCAUCAAACAGGUGGCACUGUCUGGGCAGCUAGGAAUGAAAACACAAACUGGUUCGAGCCUUCCUCUUUCGACCACUAAUAUUCGGAUCCAGGGUAAAGAUGUGCUGCGCCUCCCACCGUCUUCCAUCACCACAGAUGCCAAGGGGCAGACCAUUUUGCGCAUCACACCAGACAUGAUGGCUACACUUGCAAAAUCCCAAGUCACUGCUGUAAAGCUAUCACAGGAACUAUUUUCUGCGGCCCCAGUGAGCACCACUGGCAAGAGUCUAUUACAAGUAACGUCUAACCCAUCAUCACCAUCCCCUCCUGCGCCCGCCACCGUCAAGGUCACACCGGACAUUAAAGCAGUAGAACAGAGCGCCACUGGAUUCCGGCUGAUGCCAGCUCUUGGCGUCUCUGUAGCGGAUCAGAAAAGUAAGCCCGCUAACGCUGUGGAAGCCAAACCAGCCACCACCAUCCGGAUCAUGCAGGGACUUGGCAUGGUACCCCCCAAGGUUACAGCAUCGCAGAGCAUCACGGUGACUGCCAAGCCAGUGUCCAUUGCAUCCUCUACUGUAGUAAACACUGCAGCCAACUCCAAACAAGUCUGCAUUCCAACCAUGCACAGCACUGGAGUGAAACCCACACCAACCACUGUCACUGUGGGAGCCACCACUAUCAGACAGCUUCCUGUGACUACAUCUCAACAGGGUAAACUUCCAACGCGAAUCACUGUGCCACUGUCUGUACUCGGGCAACCAAUGAAAGGAAAGAGUUUAGUGACUACACCAAUCAUCAAGGGCAAUCUGGGCACGAACAUUAGUGGUUUGGGUCGUAAUAUCAUCCUAACGACUGUACCGGCUGGUACUAAACUUAUAACUGGUAACAAGCCAUUGAGCUUCCUAACUGCCCAGCAACUGCAGCAGCUCCAGCAGCAGGGUCAAACUACCCAGGUUCGAAUACAAACCGUCCCAGCUCAACAUCUUCAGCAAGGCUCAUCACCUGCAACACCCAAAACAGUGUCCACUGUUGUAGUAACAACAACCCCACCACCCAAACUGACCCAAGACCCACAGUGAAGUGAGAACAUCAAAGUCAUACCAGAGGCCAGUGGAAGGCUCAAGGUUUUGGUGAUCCUGCUUCGAUAUGAUGACUUUGGCCCUAUUGGUUGAUUUUCUAUGACAAGAGCGAGUUGAUUGUGACCGCUCCAUUCUGAUCCAGACAUUUCACUCUUGGGGUUAGUCAUUCCACCUGCCAGAAGUGCAUGUUUGUUUCCAAGUCAUCAAAAUCUGGCCACAUGUUUUCUGGACACGCUAAUUCCAGAGAGCGGUGCCCCUCCAUUUCCCUAGGAGUAGACCCAACUUUAGAAUUAUCUGUUCUAGGAUCCCUUGCUACAGAUAAUGGCAAUAUUGGUUUAACCUCUUUGGAGCCAAAAUAAAAAUGAGAAACAUUUCUUAAAUGAAUAAGUGGCAUUUGAGACUUCCUCAUUUUGAGGGAUACAAUAUGUUUGUGGUUAAUAUUUCAUGUAUUUUAUGCUGUGGAAUCCAAUGUUAAAUAUAUUUAAGAAUGACAACCUA